UUUCUUCCACAGAUAAGUGUGAAGGUAACCACAAUGGAUGCAGAACUGGAGUUUGCCAUUCAGCCCAACACAACAGGCAAACAACUCUUUGACCAGGUUGUUAAGACCAUCGGACUGCGGGAGGUAUGGUACUUUGGACUCCAGUACCAGGAUACGAAGGGUUUCUCCACAUGGCUCAAACUCAAUAAGAAGGUGACAGCGCAGGAUGUGAGGAAAGAAAGCCCGCUGCUCUUCAAAUUUCGUGCCAAGUUUUUUCCUGAGGAUGUGUCUGAAGAGUUGAUUCAGGAGGCCACCCAGCGGCUAUUCUUCCUGCAGGUGAAGGAGGGGAUUUUAAAUGAUGACAUUUACUGCCCUCCAGAGACAGCAGUCCUGUUGGCCUCCUAUGCAGUGCAGGCCAAGUAUGCAGACUACAACAAGGAUGCCCACACACCAGGAUACUUGUCCAGUGACAAGCUCCUUCCUCAGAGAGUACUGGACCAGCAUAAGCUCAACAAGGAACAGUGGGAGGAGAGGAUUCAGGUGUGGCACGAAGAACACAAAGGCAUGCUGAGAGAGGAGUCCAUGAUGGAGUAUCUUAAGAUUGCUCAAGAUCUAGAAAUGUAUGGCGUCAACUACUUCAACAUCAAGAAUAAGAAAGGAUCAGAGCUUUGGUUGGGAGUUGAUGCCUUGGGUCUCAACAUUUAUGAACAGAAUGACAAAAUGACUCCAAAAAUUGGAUUUCCUUGGAGCGAAAUCCGGAACAUUUCCUUCAAUGACAAGAAAUUUGUCAUUAAACCAAUUGACAAGAAAGCACCGGACUUUGUAUUCUAUGCUCCAAGACUACGCAUCAACAAACGAAUUCUGGCACUCUGCAUGGGCAACCAUGAGUUGUACAUGCGUCGCCGCAAACCUGACACCAUUGAGGUACAGCAGAUGAAGGCCCAGGCUCGGGAGGAGAAAAAUCACAAGAAGAUGGAGAGGGCUUUACUGGAGAAUGAAAAGAGGAAAAGAGAACUUGCAGAAAAAGAAAAGGAAAAGAUUGAAAAGGAAAAGGAAGAGUUAAUGGAGCGAUUAAAACAAAUUGAGGAGCAGACCAAGAAAGCUCAACAAGAGUUGGAAGAGCAGACACAAAGGGCUUUGGAGUUGGAGCAGGAGAGGAAGCAUGCAAAUGAGGAUGCUGAACGCCUGGAGAGCGAGCUCAAGGCUGCCGAGGACGCCAAGGUUGCUCUGCUUCAGCAGUCCGAGAACCAGAUGAAAAACCAAGAACACCUGGCAACGGAGUUGGCUGACUUGACCUCAAAAAUUUCCCUGCUGGAGGAUGCCAAGAAGAAGAAAGAAGAUGAGGCUGUACAGUGGCAGCAGAAGGCUGCCAUGGUGCAGGAGGACCUGGAGAAGACCAAAGAACAGCUGCAAACCAAAGUGAUGGCGGCCCAUGUACAAGAGCCUGUGAACGCAGAGAACGAGCACGACGAAAAUGACGAGAGCAGCGCCGAGGCCAGCGCCGAGUUCACAGCUGCCGCCACCUACAAGGACCGCAGUGAGGAGGAGCGCAUGACCGAGGCUGACAAGAAUGAGCGUGUGCAGAUGCAUCUGCUUGCUUUGAGCUCGGAGUUGGCCAAUGCCCGGGACGAGACCAAGAAAACGGCAAAUGACAUGAUUCAUGCAGAAAAUGUGCGAGCAGGACGUGACAAGUACAAGACCCUUAGACAGAUCCGGUCAGGCAAUACCAAACAGCGCAUCGAUGAGUUUGAAUGUAUGUAAUGUAUCCAUGCAGCAGUGCAAAAGCCCACACACCACGGCCAUUCUGCUAAGACUGCAGUCCCGCCUCACGUAAGAUAGAGUGCCUUAUACCCAAAUCAAUCAGACACACCAAAAGGAAAUGGUUACAGAAGUUAAUUGUAUAACUGGAAACUUCCACACAGUACGGUUUUAUUAUCUCCGAUAAUGAAUUUAUGUAAUUGAAUUUUUAAAAAGGGACAUACUUUGGCAACAUUCCCCCCAUUAAGGGUUUACAGAACAUAUUAUAAACUGUCUCAUGCCAUAUUUCAUGUGACAUCAAAUAAUCAGUUUCAACUCGAGCACGUAUUUAUGUCACAUCCCUGUAAGAUGAUAUGAUAUGAUUUUAACUUUUAAGGCUUUUGGACCAUCACAAUGUCAUAUUGAUUUUUUUUGUCCAACUGCGGUAGCACUUCAGCAGCAAGGUUGAUUUUUCACAAACAGUAUUAUUUCUGCCUUGAUGGAUUGUCAUUGGUUCUCAACCAAAUGCAUUGUAAUCUACAGCGGCAAAUACAUGUAAUAUGACUCCAGA